AUGCUCGUCUCUACGCGGUGUCCUUACUGGAGGACAUGCAAACUCCCACAGCGGAUUCCUCGACCGUCACCUUCCCCCGUCGCAUAUCGGAACUAUUCUGCAGCCGCAUGGCCAACCCCAAAAAGGCGGGUAUGGAUUCGCUUAACGGCGGUCACGUUGACAGCUGCCGCAAUUGGAGCUUACAUCAGAUCACGACAAGACAUCUUGGACGCCAAUCUGAACCCGUUGACAUUCGCUCGCUACAAAUUGGUGUCGAGAGAACAAGUCUCCUCAACAAAUAGUAUAUUCACACUCGAACCAGCGGCGUCGGCAGAUAACCACGAGACGUACGAAAUCGCAUGGCAGGCGGGAGUAUGGAGUGUGAUGUUCAAGCAACCACAACUACAAAUCGGGCGAGAUUAUACACCGCUUCCACCUGUUGACGAUGCGAGCGAAGAUGCAAAGGAGUCGUUGCGAUUUUUGAUUCGUCGAGAUCCACAUGGAGAGGUAUCUCGGUAUUUGCACGGUCUACAACAAGGAGCCAGUAUUGAAAUGAGAGGUCCGCAAAUAGAAUGCGAGAUCGAUCCAGAGGUUAAUGAUAUAUUAUUCAUUGCAGGCGGCACGGGAAUUGCUCCGGCUUUGCAGGCCGCCUAUAUAAUAUUCAGACGUCCUGUGGAAGGAAGGACGCCUAAGAUUCAUAUCUUGUGGGCUAAUAGGAAACGAGAAGAUUGUGCAGGGGGCAUUAGCGACACGCCAAAUAUAAUACGACCAAACGCAACAUGGUGGUGGCCAUUUCACAAGGACACGACUAGCCCUACCGACACUCUCGGGUCUAGUGCAGCGCAAGCCAAACAAAACGCUAUAGUUCGCGAGCUACAAGCCCUCAAAACCCGAUACCCUAGGCAGAUCUCAGUUGACUACUUUGUUGAUGAGGAACACACAUUCAUCAGCACAAAGGAGAUUAAAGCGUAUAUCGACUCUAUACAGUCUUCACCUGGCACUAAGAAGAUGAUUAUUAUUUCUGGUCCGGAAGGAUUCAUCAAUUACAUGGCAGGUCCAAAAGUCUGGGCGCAUGGGUAUGAGCUGCAAGGACCUGUUAAAGGACUCAUUCAGCAGAUUGGCGUUCGAGACUGGGAGAUUUGGAAGUUAAUGCCAUUCCACGCUUCAUUAAGCAGGCGCGUGACGCUCCACCAGCGCUCACUGCGCACUGCCAUCCGAACUUUCGCCUCGUCUCGAUCCUCCCUCUCUCAAGAUGUUUUCCACUCUCAAUUAAACAACCCCGAGGUCUCGGCCAUCCUAUCGUCGAUGAACUCGAAUAUUACCGUUCCACAGACCCUGACCGAGAAGAUCGUACAAAAAUAUGCCGUCGGAUUGGCUCCCGGAAAAUUCGUCAAGGCCGGUGAUUAUGUGACCAUCAGUCCUCAUCGGUGCAUGACUCACGACAAUUCAUGGCCCGUGGCGUUGAAGUUCAUGUCUAUCGGCGCUUCCAAGCUACACGACCCCAAUCAAAUUGUCAUGACUCUGGAUCACGACGUACAAAACAAGACUGAGAAGAACCUACAGAAAUACCGACAAAUUGAAGAAUUUGCCCAGCACCAUGGCGUCGAGUUUUAUCCUGCUGGAAGAGGCAUUGGACAUCAGAUUAUGGUUGAAGAAGGAUUCGCAUGGCCAGGAACUCUGGUCGUUGCGUCCGAUAGUCAUAGUAAUAUGUAUGGUGGUGUUGGGUGUUUGGGAACGCCUAUUGUGCGUACCGAUGGAGCUAGUAUUUGGGCAACUGGAAAGACGUGGUGGCAGGUUCCUAAUAUUGCACGAGUGCACUUCACUGGAGUUUUGCCUGCCGGAGUUACUGGAAAAGAUGUAAUCGUCGCGCUGUGCCACUUGUUCGGCAAAGACGACGUCCUCAACCACGCUAUCGAAUUCACAGGCUCUGAAGAAACAAUGCGCAGUCUCAGGGUCGAUGACCGCCUUACAAUUGCAAACAUGACUACAGAAUGGGGUGCACUGUCUGGCUUAUUCCCGAUCGACGACGUGCUAAAAGGCUGGCUACGAGGCAAAGCUACGACCGCAGCUAUGGGGCUGGCUGAUGGCCCCUACAAAACCCAUGCUGCACAACGAUUCACUCACGACCGGUUAGAAGAGCUGUUUGCGAACGCACUGACCGCGGAUAAGGGUGCUAAAUACGCCAAGGAACUGUUUUUGGAUCUAUCCUCUCUUUCGCCCUACGUGUCUGGCCCCAACUCGGUCAAAGUUGCCACUCCAAUCAGCGAAUUAGAGGCCCAGAAAAUCAAGGUUAACAAGGCGUAUCUUGUUUCAUGCACCAACUCACGUGCAUCUGACAUUGCCGCUGCUGCGCGCGUAUUCAGAGAAGCUGCUGAGGCCAAUGGAGGUAAAGUGCCCAAGAUUGCAGAUGGAGUUAAGUUUUACAUUGCUGCCGCAUCUUUACCUGAACAGCAAGUUGCAGAAGAUGCUGGUGAUUGGCAGGUGCUACUAGAUGCUGGUGCAGAGGCCCUUCCAGCUGGCUGUGGACCUUGCAUUGGAUUAGGAACGGGUCUUUUGGAGCCCGGCGAGGUUGGUAUUAGCGCAUCGAACCGUAACUUUAAAGGUCGUAUGGGCAGUACCGAUGCGAAGGCCUACCUUGGUAGCCCAGAGGUUGUAGCUGCCAGUGCCUUGUCUGGUCUUCUCCAGGGACCUGGUUGGUAUCAGCAACCAGAGGGCUGGACCGGGGUGAUUCGGGGUGAGGGAGAUGGUAUCAAGGAAGAAGAACGCAUGCUUACUGCUGAAGAAGCAUUGGAAAAGGUCAUUGGACAGUUGGAUAAUCUCAUCACGGACGGCGAACAACAAUUCGGAUUGUCCAAGCAGAAGCAAGAGUCGGAAGAAAAACAAGAGGAUGCUGCAUCUCUGACAGAAUUGUACCCGGGCUUCCCAGAACGCAUCUCGGGUGAAAUCGUGUUCUGUGACGCAGACAACAUCAACACCGAUGGUAUCUACCCCGGCAAGUACACCUACCAAGACAACGUGCCCGUGGAAACGAUGGCGCAAGUGUGCAUGUCCAAUUACGAUCCAUCAUUUGCCGACGUUGCCAAGGAAGGCGAUAUCCUCGUAUCCGGCUUCAAUUUCGGCUGCGGCAGUUCUCGCGAACAAGCCGCGACCGCGAUCCUAGCCAAGAAGAUCCCCCUUGUGGUGUCUGGUAGUUUUGGAAACAUCUUUUCGCGCAACAGUAUUAAUAACGCGCUCAUGGGAUUGGAGGUUCCCAGACUCGUCGAGCGGUUGCGGGAGAGUUUUGGCGAGGGAAAGACGCUUACGCGCCGAACGGGCUGGACAUUGACCUGGGACGUGCGCCGUAGUCAGAUCGAGGUCAAGGAGCACGAUGGUACAACAUGGACACACCGCGUUGGCGAAUUGCCUCCCAAUGUGCAGGAGAUUAUUGCCAAAGGGGGCUUGGAGAAUUGGGUCAAGAACGCGAUUGGUGUAUAG